UCUUCCAUCGCUCCUCCCUUUUUCUCCUUCCUUUUUUGGUCGAAAUCGUUCUCUCCGCUCCUCUAAAUUUAGAAAAAUAAAAAAUCAGCUGAAAAAUGAGAGUUCCUUCAUGGUUGGCUACCUGCUCUACCACCACCUCAACCACCGUCAUUUUAUUCUCCGAUAAACAACCCAAGUCUUCCAAACAUCUAGUUUCCGACAGCAGUAGCUCCUCCGAUACUUCUGGCAGCGCUUCCUCAUCUUCAAACACCAGCGACGCCAGCAGUGUUACCCUCCAGAGCAAUCUCUCCCUUCAGACUCUUCCCUCCGUUCCUUCUCUUCAAAAGCUUACACCCGAAGUCCUAAAUGUUUCCAUCUCUUUUGUUUGUUCAAACUCUCUUCAACCUCGCCCAAAGCUUCCAAUCACCUGCCUCGCCAUCCACGGCAACUUCCUCUACUCUGCCUCCUCUCAUGAAAUUAAUGUCUACGAUCGUACCACCUGCACGCAUCUCCAUGCGUUCAAUGAUGAAGAUUCCUCUUCCGGUGCUGUCAAGUCCGUCUCCUUUUGUGAAGGAAAAAUCUUCACCGCUCAUCAGGACUGUAGGAUCCGUGUUUGGAAACUGACUCCGAACAAAGACCACAAGUUGGUAACCGUUCUCCCCACUGUUAAUGAUCGUUUACGCCGUUUCAUUUUCCCGAAGAACUACAUCAAAGUCCGGCGCCACAAGAAGCUGCUCUGGAUCGAACAUGCCGAUGCAGUUACUGGUCUCGCCGUUAAUAAUGGCUUGGUCUAUUCUGUUUCUUGGGACAGGUAUUUGAAGAUUUGGAGAGCAUCUGAUCUCCGGUGUUUAGAGUCUAUCAAAGCACACGAGGACGCAAUUAACGCCGUUGUUGUUUCCGCCGACGGAACCGUUUACACCGGGUCAGCGGAUUGUAAAAUCCGGGUAUGGGGCAGACCAUUAAACGAGAAGCGACAUGUGCUGAUUGCGACCUUAGAGAAGCACAAAUCAGCAGUAAAUGCUUUGGCCCUGAGCGACGACGGAUCGGUGUUGUUUUCAGGAGCAUGUGAUCGUUCCAUUUUGGUAUGGGAGAGAGAAGACAGCGCCAAUCACAUGGCGGUGACCGGAGCGUUGAGAGGCCAUGGGAAGGCCAUUCUAAGUUUAAUCAACGUCUCUGAUUUACUAUUAAGUGGUUCAGCUGAUCGGACGGUGAGGAUUUGGCAACAGGGUCCAGAUGGAAAAUACUGUUGUUUGGCAGUUUUGGAGGGUCACAAUAAACCGGUGAAGUCAUUAGCCGCGACAUGCGAAGAAGGAAGUAACGGUGUCAUAUCAGUGUACAGUGGCAGUCUGGACGGAGAAAUUAAGGCAUGGCAAGUCUCAGCUUCUAGACCGUGCAGUCCGAUUUCCCCAUAUCGAGCAAUCAAAACUUAGAAGUUUGUGAAAUAAUAACAAAAAAAUUUUUAAAAAAGUAAAAAAUGAUUUUUGUAUAUUAUUUAUGCUUGUGUAAGGCUUAAUUUGUUUUGAUUAUUUAGAUUAAUUGAGUGGAUUAAUUAAUUCAUAAUUUUGUUAAA